AUGUCUCCCCCCAACACAAACAACGCUCCCGCUCCUACUGGCACAAGACCCCGCCGCCGUAGCUCUGGCACCAAGCUGUUGCUACUCGGCCUGGCCGCCAACUUGAAUGGGGCAGAGUCGUUCUCAACUGUGCAGGCCCCAGCAACUCGACCAUCCGCCAAGGCAACACCAGUUCCAGUGGAUAAGCGCAGUGCAUUCCGCAAGGCAGCAUCGUGCCCCAAUCUUGGAAGAACUUCGACCUCUAUGGACGUUUUCUCUGCAGACAUGGACAGUCUUUCAAUCCCCACCAACCCGAUGGGUGACAUCUUUGAUGGACUUGGAAGCAUGCUCAUGGCAGACUCUGCUGCUGCUGUGGACGUUGAGGCAGAAGGGAUGAACCUGGCGGCCCAUGCCUUGUUGGACUUUUCUAGCCAUUGGGCGCAAGCCACUAUCGCUCUUCGGAUGGCCGAUGUCAUUGGCCGGCUUUUUGUUUUGGGCCAGAGUUUGUUGCCUGGACACGGCAUGUCGCCCGAUGAACUCGCCAUUCAGCUCGGCUUUCUGGCCGUCUCGUGCAAUUCUUUGCACAAGCUUGUGCAGCCAAAGUUGAAGGCAGCCCAGGCAUCCCAGUACUUGACCCCUCAAGACCGUUUGGCAUUCCGCAAGGUUUUCAAGCCAGCGGGGCUCAACUGGAGCGAGUACCGAGAGCUCAGUCUCGAGAGUAUGGAGUGGGUAACAAUGGAGCCCGGACAGACCGUGAAGGACGACGCCGUCUACUGGCUGUACGAAGGUACCAUUGAAAUUGAAAGUGCAUCCACCGCAACUCGCGUUUUGACUGGCGACAAAACCGUUUCUGGCUUUAGCGGUCUUUUCGGCGAGAACCGCAUUGCCAAGAUCUUGGGCAUCACCGACUGCGGCAAGUCUGGAACCAAGACAACUGUGAUCGGUGAGCAAGGAGCUACUUUCCUCAGAAUGAGCACCAACAAGUUGGGAAAGCUCAUGAAACACGAUGAUGCUUUGGCGACCUCCAUGAACAGAUUGGUUUUCCAAAGCAUGAAGAAUAGAAUCACCGAAGGUGCUCUCGGCGCUUGA